AUGUGUAUAAAUCUUCUAUAUAACCCUGUCUGUUUACAAAUCUAUAUUCAGCUGACUAUCUUCUAUCUAUCUAUCUAUCUAUCUAUCUAUCUAUCUAUCUAUCUAUCUUUUCAUCUCUUCAUUAUCUAUCUAUCUAUCUAUCUUCUGUCUAUCUAUCUAUUUUCUAUCUAUCUAAUUACAAAUUUUAGACUAGUCUCAUUCUGUCUAUCUAUCUAUCUAUCUAUCUUCUAUCAUGUCUAUUUUCAUGUUCCUAUCUAUCUAUCUAUCUUUCUAUCUAUCUAUCUUUCUAUCUAUCUAUCUAUCUAUUCUAUUUGCUCUUUUGUUUAUCUAUCUGUAUCUAUCUCUAUCUAUCUUCUAUCUUUAUCUAUCUAUCAUAAAGAUUUGAACCAGUCUCUCCAUAUCUAUCUAUCUAUCUAUCUAUCUAUCUUCUAUUCUUCUGACUAUCUUCUUUCUUCUAUCUAUCUAUCUAUCUAUCUAUCUAUCUAUCUAUCUAUUUCGGUUCUUCAUUUCUAUCUAUCUUUAUCUAUCUAUCUAUCUAUCUAUCUAUCUUAUUUCUUUCUAUCUAUCUUUCUAUCUAUCUAUUAUCUAUCUAUCUAUUAUCUUUCUUUUCAUCUCUUCAUAUUUAUCUAUCUAUCUAUCUUCUAUCUUCUAUCUUCUUCUUCUAUCUAUUCUUUAUCUAAUAAAGUUUGA